GAAUGUGCGGCUCUGUUGUUGCUCAACGUUUACGGUUUCUCCCCAUCCCUCUCUUUCCUCCGGGCUGACUUUUUCCUUUAAAUUCUCCCCGAUGGCCUGAGCGGACUAUGCCUGCUGCCUCUCACAUGGCUAGGGGGAGGAGAGCUAACUUAUCAGACGGUUUGAUGGUCGGACUGGAUGAAGAGAGCAGAAGCAGAGGAGUGAAGGCGAGCAGGGACCACCAUGGAGGCCGCGUUCCCCCCAUUUUCCCUCUCAGCAGCUGGCCGUCUGUCCUGGUUGCUCCUUGCUCUGUUUACAUCAUGGAUGGUCCUGGGUUCAGCAGACACAAAGCAGACAAGAUGGCCAUUAUACUCCCAGAAGCCAGUUCUCCUUGUGUGGAACGCUCCCACUCAGGAGUGUGGGACGCGGCGAGGUGUUACGCUGUCCUUAGACCAGUUUGACAUUGUGGCAACCCCCAACGAGGGCUUUGUCCGGCAGAAUCUCACAAUGUUCUAUAAGGAACGCCUCGGGCUUUAUCCCUAUUAUGAGGCCGGGGGAACGCCGGUGAAUGGGGGCCUCCCACAGCUCGUCAGCCUCGCUCUGCACUAUGAAAGGUUGCCUCAGGGUCUGGACAAAUACAUACCAGACCAUCAGGCUAAAGGUCUGUCAGUCAUUGACUGGGAGGAGUGGCGGCCCUUGUGGAUCCGAAACUGGGACGCCAAAGAUGUGUAUAGAAGGAAGUCCCGGGAGCUGGUGGCCCAAAAGAACCCAACGUGGACUCCGGAGCAAGUGGGGAGCGUCGCGAUGCAAGAGUUUGAGCUUUCGGCUCGCAAAUUCAUGCUGGAGACCCUGAGGCAGGCCAAAAACCUGAGGCCCAAUCAGCUGUGGGGGUUCUACCUGUUUCCCGAUUGUUACAACCACGACUACAAAGGCAGCCUGAAGAACUACACGGGGCGUUGCCCCGCCGUCGAGAUUGAGCGCAACGACCAGCUAAACUGGCUGUGGAUGGAGUGCACAGCGCUCUUCCCUUCAAUAUACAUGGGCUCUGUGCUGCGCUCCACAAGUCACGGGCGGCUGUUCGUGCGGAACCGGCUGAAGGAGGCGAUGCGCCUUGCGUCUGCUGGGGGCGGGUUGGCGCGUCCCGUCUUUGUGUACACCCGACCCACUUACAACAGUGAGACGGUUCCUUUAACUGAGACAGAUUUGGUCUCCACCAUUGGUGAGAGUGUUGCACUUGGAGCUGCAGGCGUGAUCUUCUGGGGGGACACAUCCUACGCAAGCAGUACCGGCUGCUCUGACUUGAACACCUAUCUGCUGGGGCCGCUGGGCCGGUACCUCCUGAACGUGACCACGGCGGCGGAGGAGUGCAGCCGGACGUUGUGCAGAUUCCGCGGCCGCUGUCUUCGCCGAGCGGCGGACGGCGACGCCUACCUGCACCUCAGCCCCUCCACUCACAGCAUCACGAGUCAGGGCGGGAAGCUGAAGGUCACUGGCGCCCCCGGCCAAGCGGAGCUGAAGACGUUCCGCGCGCACUUCAAGUGCCAGUGCUACAGCGGGUACAGGGGCGAUGGCUGCGAGCGGAGAGAAAGAGGGCAGAAUAGAGCCUCCUCUGUGCUGGGGACCUGGCCUCUCUGCUUUCUGCUCCCGCUCGGGCUGCUCUCCGUGCUUGAUUGAGGAAACCGAGAAGCCGAACUAUUCGCUGCUUCUGCCAGCGCUGAAAGGGAAAGUUUUUGGUUUUCUGGCACGGAGGUAAAAAUGAAUUCUGUUGUGGGAGCGGCAGGUACUCUGUGCCGGAUUCAGAGAUUUACGCGGUGACAGGUUUUUAUUUCAGCACACAUUGGCCUAAAACUACAGUGGCGAUUUGCUGGAAGGUUUUCUUUUUAGUAUUUAUUUUAUAACUGUAACGAAUCAAUUUAAACUUUAGAAACUGGAAACUUGCAUUUAGUGUUGAAACGGUGAGCGUGUCGCAUAAAAUCCUACUAAUUAAGCAACAGUCUGAUGUUGCCUCGAUCUGUAGUGUUAAAGAAUCAGCCUUUAAAUUGUAAUGGAGCCUUAAACAUAAAGCUUUAUACCAGAAGAGAAGAAACCAUGACGCCUUAAACUGCUUUUCUCCUUAUGUAAACAGUGUAGCUGGACCUUCCUGUUUCACCUCAGAUUUGUGCCUCAGCAGGGCUGCAGACUGCUCUUUUUAUAGCUGCAUUUUGUCAUGCUUCUCAGUGACGUUCAGGUUGGUGUUUUAUAUAGUGAUAUUACACUAAUGCCUUUAUUUUAUGUACUCUACAGUCAUAUUCAGUAAAUUAGGACAUAAUUAAAAAGCUCAUUUACUCCAGUAGCUUAGUUCACUAAGUCAGACAUAUGAAGGCUAUGGUUUCAGGGUUUUAUGUCUGUUAAUCAUUGAUGAUUGCUUUGCUUACAGUUAAUAAAAAUUACGUUUAAGAUUAGAAUACAUGCAUUACAUCAGACCAAAAAAAUGUUUUUCAAUGCAGAAAAGUAUGUUUAAUAGCCGUUUAAAGGUUAUUUUCGAAAGGUACUUUUAAUCAGACGAGCCUCUGUGGAACACGUAAUUUAUUAAAUAUGACUGUAUAUAAAAACACUAUUGUGGCAGGAAUAUAGAAGAUGAGCAGAAAAUAUAAACAUCUUGUUACUCUUACUUUAACUGUGAAAACAAGUUAUGCCAAAAAGAGUUGAAUCACUGGCAUUCAGGUAAUAUCACUUCUGCCAUUUUUAUUUUUAGUUUCCUCAUGAAAAGUUUUGAUUUUUUUUUUUUUUAAUGAACGUAUGAUCUAAUGAAAAUAUUUAGGGACUGAUUUUGACUUCAUCCAGAUGUGAUAGACAUUGAGGCAAAAGUGCUGAAGUCUCUGAGGUUUCUCAGGCGGUUUACAUCUCAUUUGAUGCUGUAGCAUCUUUUAAACCAAUUUCAUGAUGUGUUUUAAAAAUCUGUAAUUAAAACCAGAUUAGCAAACAGCUUCAUAUUUCUAUACUGGCUGGUCUUCAAUGCAUAAACAGCUUUGCUACAGUGGUAUUAUGAUGCUCUUUUUAUUUUUUUUUAAAUCUGCACUUUAAAUGUUUUUUUUUAGGCUUUACUUUUUUUCUUUUUAUUAACAUGUGAAAGGUUCAUAGCAUAUGACGGUCCAGAGCAGUUACAAGAUGUUUUCACCUUGAUUGUUCCAUGUUUGAGUUAUAUUCCACUGUGAAUGUUGUCUGAAGAACUAGCGGGUAAAAGAUUGUCUCAGAUUCUUAAAAUUCUCCUGUAACCUUUUAGGGGACAUGAGUACAAUUUUGAACUUGUAUUCAUUCCUCUGUGCCUCUGUUUUAUAAGCGUCUUUGUCUCAGUAUUUAUAAGACUUGCCAGAAAUAUAAAAUCUCUAUUUUGCCAAAAUGUACUGCUGUUUUUUUUAUUGUAUCUGCCAAAAAUCAAAACUUUAUGUAUCUUGAAGGUUUAAUUUUUUUUCUACCCUGGAGAAUUUCAUUAUUAAAAAUAUGGUUUCAGCAUAA